UGGUAACACAUUUAUAUUAUUUCCGGUUCAGCUUAUGACGUCACGUUUAGUUGACAUCAUCACGGAAAGUUAAUUUCAAUAUUUUAAAACAUGUCUUACGCAUAUUUGUUCAAAUAUAUAAUAAUUGGCGACACUGGUGUUGGUAAAUCUUGUCUACUGCUACAGUUCACAGACAAAAGAUUUCAACCUGUUCAUGACCUGACUAUAGGUGUUGAGUUUGGAGCCCGUAUGAUAACUAUUGAUGGCAAGCAGAUAAAGCUUCAAAUAUGGGAUACAGCUGGGCAAGAAUCCUUCAGAUCAAUCACCAGGUCCUACUACAGAGGUGCUGCAGGAGCAUUAUUAGUUUAUGACAUAACCAGACGUGACACAUUCAAUCACCUGACCACCUGGUUGGAAGAUGCCAGACAGCACUCUAACUCCAACAUGGUUAUCAUGCUUAUCGGCAAUAAGAGUGAUCUGGAAGCUAGGAGAGAGGUCAAGAAGGAAGAAGGCGAAGCCUUUGCUAGAGAACAUGGCUUGAUAUUUAUGGAAACUUCUGCAAAAACAGCGGCCAAUGUUGAAGAGGCUUUUAUUAACACAGCCAAAGAAAUUUAUCAAAAGAUUCAAGAUGGAGUGUUUGACAUAAAUAAUGAAGCAAACGGAAUCAAGAUAGGACCACAGCACUCACCAGCCAGCCAGAGCUUGAAUGUGGGAGGUAGUGGAGGUAAUCAAGGAGGCAACUGUUGCUGAGAAUGGUUCCUCCAUCCACCCACUAACCAGCACCAGUUGUUUCAAUCCAACCAAGCUACUCAGCUGUGAGGGAAAGCUUCAUUUUUUUUUUCAAAUUAUGUUUUUAUUUCACCAGAAAACUGCUGGUGUUAUUAUAUUUUAAGCAUGAUUUUCUUUUUAAAUUCAAUGCUGUCUCCACACAAGAUUAAAUAAAAUAAGGGGAAAAACCUAGACGAGUUCAGACAAAGCUGUGCAUCUGGUCAGAUUUGUGUACAUUUUCUAAGACAAAUUGAAAUAAGGGGUAAGCAUUGAUUUCUUUUAGACUUGCAUAUUGUUUACUAAUGACUCAAUAUGUCUGUGUACUUCUUGGUCUCACUCCUUCAUGGAACUAAUGUUUAUAAUGAAACCACAAUUUAUAACAACAUAUAUUUUUGUUAUUCCUGUCAGUAAUUUUAAAUCAAACAUAAACUCUAUCUACAUCAGUUUCUUUGUCGAUCUGUGUAGCUAUAGACAUUUAGAUAUCUAUACACAUAAAAGUAGAAAUAUAAAUAAAUCAUUCUGCACUGCUAGCUCAAAAAUGAUUUGCUUUGCACCAGUUUGUAGGCUAGAGGGUCAUGCUGGUCAUGUAUGUUUUGUUUUUUUUUAAACUUAAUGAAAAAGAAAUGUGCAGAUCAUUUUGUUAAUAUUGUUCACAUUUUUAGAAAUUGUAAAAAAAAAAAAUGUGACACAUUUUUAUGUAGAAAUUUAUAUUGUUUCUUUAACAAACAUGAAAUAAUUUCUUGGUUUAUUUUAAUGACAUUGAGAUCAAUUCCACAUGAAGAUUUGUUAUGGCCUAUCUUUCUGAAUUUCUAGAAUAGUUACAUAAUUUUUUCCCCCAUUAGAGUCAUUGUUCAUAUUGAUAAGAUAUUUUGCUCUCUAAUGUAUGAAAUAUAAUCAUUUGUUCCAAUAAAAAUAGCUUACACAGUUUUGGGAAGUGGUGCCAUUGAGUUCCUUUCCAGUUCCCUUAUGUGUCUUCUAUGUAUGUAUAUGUUUGCUGCUAAGCUAUUAUCACCUUCACAUAAAAAGUAUCAAAAAAUAUAAAAUAGAUACCAGCUGUUAAACUUUGCUUUAAAAAUAUUUACUUAGAUUUUAAAAGAACAUUCAAUUAAAAAAAAUAAUCUGCAAAGACAGGGGAUGCAUGUAGAGUUUAACUGUUUCUUUUUGACUUUGCCAAUACAAGAAACAGUUAAUAGUAGAAUUUUUUUUUUUUUUUUCAGGAAACAUACCUGCCAGAAAAUUAAUGUUGGACAUAUUUUUCAGAAAAGAUGCACAAAUAUUUAUCCCUUAAUCAACAGAAACGAUUUUUUAAUAUAAGAAAAGAUUGCUCCUUUAAGUGUACUUUAAUACAAUCCCCAAUCUGAUGUAAUUUUUGUUGAAUAAAAAUUUCUGUCCCUUUGUGAGGAAACUACUUUUAUGACAAAGCAUUGUAAUGAUACAUGUAUUCUUUUCAUAUUUAUCAAGUCAUUCCUAGCAAUGUUAAGCAUACAUUUAAAAUUGAGUCAUACAUUUUCAAUGGAUCAGCUAUUUCUGUUUAUUCCUGUGAUUUGUUCAGUUUUUUUUUUGUUUUUCAAUCAUAAUUUUUGUUCUUUUUUUUUUUUGGACAUGAUCUAAACAUAAUUAAUCCUACUGUGUUGUGCUCAUCUAUUGUUGGGGUGAAUGUUUGAUAUCUGCUCCAUUUAAUGUUUAGGGAGGUCUUGGGCAUGGUUAUUAUUCCAUUGGGACAUUUUAAGGAAAUAAUGUAAAACGUUUGAGACCCCCCCCUCCCUAAUCUUUUCCCAUUAAAUAUUGAGAGAAUAUUUUUUUUCUUUUCAUUUGGUUCAUCCUAGAACUUAGUCAAACCCAAAACCAAACUGACUAUUACAUGGAUCAGCAUGUAGUGAUGAGUGUUUUAUUUUAUUUUCAAUGUGCAAUAUUUGAUUGUGGGGUGAACAGAUCAUUUGUCAUGACACUUGGUUUAUACUUUGGUUUGAGGUUCACUUGUGUAAUUUGGCACUCUGUCUUGUCAUUUAAGCUUGGUUAAACAUGUAGUCCAGAUUUUUUUUUUCAUUCAAUGAUGAAUGCAUAUGAAUGGCUGAAAAGAGGGCUCUUCUCCCCAUUAGUUUUGUUUUGUCAAUUUAAUGAAAGGAGAUUUAAAAUAAACAACCCAUAGUAUUUUUGUAAUUAGCCUUCAAUCAAAUGAACACAUUGCAAUCCUGAAGAUAAGAAUGAAAGAACUGUUUUAUUUUAUUUCUUUAAAAAUAGUGUUCCUGAUCCAAAGCUUUCCUUGGUAACUUAAAUUCCUUGCAUAAUUUUGAGGAAAAGAAAAACUUUGCUGAUGUGUGACAAAUGUGAAACAAUAACAAUAUAUUCUCUCCCUUUGGUUUUUCAAAAUCACGAGUCCUGCCUAGACUCUUUUAUCUGAACCUAUAUGAAUCAUUGUCUUCAUUUACUGUUCUCAAGAUGUUAUUGGUUCUCUUAAACUAGUUCUAGAGUUCUAUACAGAUACUGGGUACAUUUAUUUAAUGAACAAUACCUUCCUUGGCAAUUUAGGUACAGUAAUGAAAUUUUGCAAAAUUAAACCCAAUUGUAAACUCUUUAAAUUCUCAAGACUUAACAAAUUUUUUAGUUUUUAAGAACAUGAUGUGAUAUUGAAUCCACUUUUUUCUUCAUAUCUGUACUCCUUAGCUAUUUAUUGUAAGUGUAUGUGUUAGUUGAAUAGUUCACUGUUUCAUUCAAGUUUCUGUGUGUGUGAGAGAGUGGCAGACUAUCAUGUCAGUUGGAAUAAACUCUUUUGUCUAAUAA